AUGGCGGGCGCGGCCCCGGCCCCGGCCCCGGCUCCGGCGGAGGAGGCUUCGGGCGCAGCGAGCGAGCGGCCGCCCCUCUCGGCGGCGGCGCUGGCGAAGAUCGAGCGGAACCGGCAGCGGGCGCUGGCACUGCGGCAGGCGCGGCUGGCGGCCCGGCCCUACCCUGCCGCAGGCGGCGGCGUGCGGGCGCGGGCCCCCCCCAAGGUCGUCGACACAGGAGGGGGCUUCUUCCUGGAGGAGGAGGAGGAGGAAGAGCCCGGCGCCGCCGAGAAGGUCGUGCAUCCCCCCGCACCUGUACUAGAAUUUGACUAUCUCAUCUGUGGAGACUGUGGCAAAGAAUUCAUGGAUUCCUACCUUAUGCAGCACUUUGAUUGGGCAACAUGUGAUAAUUGCAGAGAUGCUGAAGAUAAGCAUAAGCUUAUAACAAGGACAGAAGCAAAAGAAGAGUAUCUUCUCAAAGACUGUGACUUAGACAAGAGGGAACCAGUGCUCAGAUUCAUUGUGAAGAAAAACCCUCAUAAUUCACGAUGGGGUGACAUGAAACUUUAUUUAAAACUACAGGUAAUCAAGCGUUCUCUUGAAGUCUGGGGUAGUGAAGAAUCAUUGCAAGAAGCAAAGGAACUCCGCCGUGACAGCAGAGAAAAGAUGAAACAGAAGAAGUUUGAUAAGAAAGUUAAAGAACUCCGCCGUGCCGUGAGGAGUAGUUUGUGGAAGAAAGAAGCUAGUAUCCAUGAACAUGAGUAUGGACCAGAAGAAAACAUUGACGAAGAUACAUAUAAAAAGAUCUGUACUGUAUGUGGCCAUGAAUUAACUUAUGAGAAGAUGUAGCGUUAAUCUGGGUUUUUUUAAUUUAAUUAUCUUUUUAAUGGUAUUUUGUAUUAAAGUCAAAUAAAUGCUAAUUAUGAACAAGAUGUUGCCAAAUUCUAUGAAGAAUGAUGUUGCUCAGUUGUAAGAAGCUCUGUACAGAACAAUAAGCUUUGGCUUUUAAGCUAGAUCUUAGGGUAGAAUACAACACAUUUUUAACAGUUCAAUAAAUUGGUACCUUGUAGA